AAUUUUCAGAUAGGUGGGCAUUUAAAUAAGCUGUCAGCUUCCAGGAGAGCACUGCUGGUGUGUUUAGAUACACAGGCACAUGUGUUUGCCCUGGAAUUCUCUGUUCCUAGUUUGACUCAGAAUGAUCCCUGACAUCUGCCACUGUCACAACAAUGGGAGACAAAGCUGGAAUGCUUCUCUGCCCCCUUCCAAGAGCUCAUUAAUCAGUUGUUAAUUAACCUGUUCCCUGCAGAAGUGUUGGGGAAGGGGCAGCGCCAUGGCUGAGCAGGAGACGUGGCCAGUGGCAGUUGCCAGUGCCACGGUAACAGUUCCACGGUGGAACCCUGCGGUCACAACGCUGUGACAGCUCCCGGGGUAGCAGGGCCUCGGCAUCUGUCCUACAGGGAUCUGGGAAUGGUGGGCCACAGGAUGGAGGCCCCCAGCAGCGCGCGGGGCCCCAAGGCCGACCUGAGCCAGCGCAGCCAGGAGAUGCGUGUCCUCGUGGGCCUGCAAGGUGCUGCCUUGGGCUGCUCAGGGACAGGGGGGUCACAGCCCCCUUGUCCCACGCGCUACCAUUGGCUGCCUGAUGUCCUCCAGAGCAAGGCGGGAAGAUUUUCGCUCAGUCCUGCGAGGAAAAGCUCCGGGAACAGAGAGCUGCUCCCCAGCCUGCAGGCAGCCUUACAGGAGGACUCCAAUAUCCUGAAAUUCGUCCUGAAGUACAACAAACUCCCCAUUAAGGAUGCUUUUGGAGAGGGCCAGGAGCUCGUUUCAGCCACUCAGAGCCUGGAGGUGCUCAUAAAGAAGAUCGAGGCCAAAAUCCAUGACCAGGUGAAGGUGUGUGACAUGCUGGUGCACCAGCUGAAGCAGUGGAGCCAAGCCAGGGACGAGCGCCAGAGGCAUCUGCAGGAUCUGCAGGAUGCUGAGACAGACCCUAAGUGGCAAGAGCCACAGUUGCAGACCAUUCGCCAGCUGGGCAAUGACAUCGAGAAGAUGCUCUUGAAAAUUCACAGUGGAGAGAUCGUGACCAACCUGUACCUGAGGCUGCAGGAGGUCCUGAGGAGGGUGAGCUCCCUCACUUGUGCCAGUGUUUCACCUGCUCUCCCUGCAAAGGCACAGGGUGCCCAAGGGACUGUGUCCCAGGGAACACCCUGCUGGUCCCCUCCAUGCCCUGUCACAGCACGGGGGACCCUGGUGGAUGACGUGCUGUGGCUCCCUGUGUGCCAGGAGCUGGUGUACAUGCCUCGAUCCCUAGACCUCCUAUCUGGGAUGACUGUGAUGUACCACGAGGAGCUCACAGCCCGGACUACCCUCAAAGCCAACGAUGUCAUCAAGAAACUCAUGACCGAGGCAGGACCCCAGGUCCGUGUGGAGAAGCAGCUCAGGGACCAGUCCCUGGCUGAGCAGAGGAAGCACAUCGAGAACCUCCGGCGCCAGGAGGAGAGCGAGAGGCAGCAGAGGCAGCAAGCUGUGUACAUGCUCUCUGCAGAGCAGGACCAGAGCUCCUCAGAAACAGUGAUGGGUGCUGAUGUGGAGGCCGCCAUGGCCAAGAUGCAGCGUGAGGCCUUUUUGACCGACAAGAUGGAGAAGGCAAAGACUGCCCUGCAGUGCUCCUGCCUCUGGGACAUCCCCAGCAGCAUCCAGGCACAGAGGAAAUCCCUGGGGAACCUGCAGCAGCACAUCGAUGAGUGCAACGAGAGGAAGAACAUGCUGAAGAAGACGCUGCAGAAGCUGGAGUCGAAGCAGGCUAAACUGAAGUUUAACCAGCCUGUCAGCACCACCAGGUGCUGCUGGCCUCGCACAGCUGUGCCAGCCAGGCCACCAUCCUUGGGGAAGACAUGUCCCAACAGGCACCCUGACCUCCAGCCCACUGCAGCCACGCACUCCUCCCACACUGGGAGGGUUUCUGAGCUCCCAGCUCUGCUGAUGGCAGAGCAGAGACCCCAAAGCUCCCACUGGGGUCCAGGAGCUCCCUUUCUCCUUGCUUGGCAUGGGAAGUGCUGCCAGCAGCAUGGAGCUGGCCUGCAGUUGGGGUGGGGCAACCUGAACAGCUUUUGGAGCAGCUUUGGGGUGUCUCUGCACCCCUCUGCAGCUGUAUGAUGUGAGGUGGCUGGCUCCAGGAAGCAGGAGGAGGAGCUGAGGGACAACCUGAAGCAGGAAGAGGCCCGUCUGGAGCAGAUGCGAGCCCAGAUGCUGAACAACCAGAAGCGCCUGAUCGAGUUUGAGAACAUCAUUGACAACAUGUUCCUCCGCCUGCAGGGCAUCUCCAUCCCUGGCAAGGAGGACUCUGGUGCGGUGCUGGGGCUGGAGGAGAAGCUGCAGCACUGUGAGCAGAAGCUGCAGUUCCUGAAGGAGAAGGUGGCAGCCCGGCCCGAGGACAGCACUGAUGAACACAGUGAGACUUUUACCAAGGUCAGGAAUAUUCUGGAGGAAAGAACUGCAGGAGAAACACAGAACCUGAGGAUUUCCUUUGAGGAUGAAGAUGCUAUGGAAGAUGACACCUUGGAUUUUGAGGAUGAAGACCAUGACUACAUCCCCAGCCGGGAGGACAUCAAGAAGCAGGGGCAGCAGCUGAUCCGCAUGAACACCAGACGUCGCAAGAAGAAGUAGUGGUUUCUCCAUGUGAGCUCUGAAGGCCUCAGGCCACCCCUUUUACCCUUUUCCCAGCAGGAGCACCUUGGGCUGAGUUUUCUCAGUAUGCUUUUCCCAGCAGGUUUAAUAAAUCAGAUCUUCUUCA